ACGGAUCUGGAUGUACGAUGACAAUCGGAUCCCUCGUUCCUUCAGACAUGCUUUGAAUGAUCUGAUCUCCCGUUUCUCCCCGGCGUGUGCUCACACCAACCCCGGGCACCCAUGGCUUUGAUUAUGGAUCCCAUCAGUAAAUGGUCGCCCAAGCAUGUGGUGGACUGGAUGAAAGGGCUUGAUGACUGUCUCCAACAAUACAUUAAAAACUUUGAGCGGGAAAAGAUCAAUGGAGAGCAACUUUUACACAUCACACACCAGGAGCUUGAGGAAUUAGGUGUCACGCGUAUCGGCCAUCAGGAACUUAUCUUGGAAGCGGUGGACCUGCUCUGUGCGUUGAACUACGGGCUGGAGACUGAAAACCUCAGAACACUUUCCCACAAGUUGAAUGCCUCAGCCAAAAACCUACAGAACUUUAUAACAGGUCGGCGGAGGAGCGGGCAUUACGACGGAAGGGCAUCCAGAAGGCUGCCGAAUGACUUCCUUACCUCAGUCGUUGACCUCAUUGGUGCUGCCAAGAGUCUGUUAGCUUGGCUGGACAGGUCGCCAUUUGUCAGUGUGACAGAAUAUUCACUUCUCAAAAACAACAUAGUUCAGCUGUGCCUGGAACUCACUACCAUUGUCCAACAGGAUUCCACUGUUUAUGAAACUGAAAAUAAGAUUUUGCACGUGUGUAAAACAUUAUCAGGGAUCUGUGAUCACAUCAUCUCACUUUCAUCUGACUCCUUGGUGUCUCAGUCUGCGCAUCUUGAAGUUGUCCACCUGACGAACAUUAUGCCAAGUGAGGGAUUGGGCAUGUACAUCAAGUCAACAUACGAUGGCCUCCAUGUCAUCACAGGAACGACGGAAAAUUCUCCCGCAGACCAGUGCAAGAAGAUUCACGCAGGGGAUGAAGUCAUUCAAGUCAACCACCAAACUGUGGUGGGAUGGCAAUUGAAGAAUCUCGUCAACACGCUGAGGGAAGAUCCCAGCGGGGUGAUCCUGACUUUGAAAAAGCGGCCGCAGAACAUGCUGACCUCUGCCCCCGCGCUCCUGAAGAACGUGAGGUGGAAACCUUUAGCGCUGCAGCCAGUAAUUCCAACCAGUCCGACAAGCAGCUCCACGACACCAACCAGCACCAUCGGCAUGCCGUCUAAGUACGACAGCUCCACGCUCCACGAUGUGUUCAUUCUCUCUCCACUGUCAGGCAUCUACAAUCCCAGGGACGAGUUGGGGAUAAUGCCUUGCGAUGACUUCGGCAAGUACGGUAUGGCCAAGUCUGGCAUGAAAGGCUCCGACUCUUCCAGCUACUUCCUGAACCACGAGAGCGGGAAGUAUUACACCCUGAUGGAAGGCGAGAGCUUGGCCGUGAGCUCGGAGUACGAGAGAGGGCGAGCAACUGGUCUGCGGAGAAGAGAGAAGACCACAACACAUGAGGACCCACUGCUGCAGUACCUGAGCGACGACAAGAUUCUGAUCAUCCAAGAGGACCCUAUGACCCAGAGGGACAGCAAGAGGGACACGGGCAGGAGGUCUCGCCGGAGAAAGAACCAGGGGAGUCCCAGCUACCCCAUCAGCCCCACUGUCCUCACGGCCCCAGUCAGACUGGAGCCCAGUCCGCAAGACAUCUUGAACUUCCCACUGCCUGAAAGCAACACCGUGCCUCUCUAUCACCGAGCAGGGGAUUCUAUUGUUGGGGAGACAGACAGGUAUGCAAGUGCUGGAAUUGACAGGCAAGGUGGAACAUCAAUGAGGAAGUCUUUCCAUUAUGCCUCCCUGAGGUCGAAAACCAAGAAGAGACCUAAAGGUACCCUCAGCGGUGGAAGCAGGAGACGAAUUUCUUGCAAGGACUUGGGCCACGGGGACUGUGAGGGCUGGCUGUGGAAAAAGAAGGAUGCGAAAGGAUACUUCACCCAGAAAUGGAAGAAGUACUGGUUUAUCCUAAAGGAAGCCUCACUCUACUGGUACACAAACCAAAAUGAUGAAAAGGCGGAGGGAUUCAUCAGCCUGCCAGAGUUCAGAAUCGACAGAGCAAUUGAAUGCAGACGGAAAUAUGCCUUCAAGGCUUGCCAUCCAAAGAUAAAGAGCUUCUACUUUGCCACCGACUGUUUGGAGGAAAUGAACAGGUGGAUGAAUCGGCUGGGCCUGGCUGCUAUUGGCUACGCUCCCGAUGAUAAGGUGACCAGACCCGACGAAGACUACUGGAGUGAGAGUGACCAAGAGGACGUGAAUGACUCCUUGACGGUGAAGGCAGAAGGCCCAUCAGCCGUGUGUGACACGUACCCCCGAACCCCAUCAGUGAAUUCUUCCAGUCCCUUUCCUGAGCCGAAGCACGGGCGCCACUUCUCGAGCGAGUCCACGUACUCGCACUCGUCCGCGGAGGACUCGCGGCACGAGGCGUCAGGGAGCACGCACUCGUCCGGCUGCCGGUCCUCGUACAGGGAGCGCCGAUCGUGGCAGGACCUGAUCGAGACGCCGCUCACCAGCUCGGGCCUACACUUCCUGCAGACCGUCCCGCUGGAGAUGGAGUACGUCCCGGGCCGCACGGGGCCCAUGUCGCCCGAGAGGAGGCGGCAGGCCACCCUGCCCGUCCAGAGGCACCACCACCACGACCGCGACGGGCCCUUCCCCCUGGUGGAGUGCGAGCGGGGGCACAACACACACGCUAGAGUCUGCAAGCAGCGCAGCCAAAGUCUACCGAGGAACCGCGAGGCCAGGAUCAAAGCGCAUGUGCUGCCUCCCGGGUUAGCCGAGGAGAGGUCGGAGGAUGACGAGAUUCAGGGCAUCAAGCAAAAUGGCGGCGGCGGCAGCAGCAGCAGCAGCAGCAGGCAAGAAAGUGCAACAGAGACAAGAAGAUCUACAGACGGUUUGCAGGAGCUGUACAGAUCCUUGGAGCAGGCGAGUCUUUCAGCAAUCGGAGAGCAACGCCCUUCGACCAAACAAGAGUUCCGAAGGUCAUUUAUAAAAAGAUGCAAUGAUCCAGUUGUCAAUGAAAAAUUACACCACAUUCGGGCAUUGAAGAGUACAAUAAAGGCAAAAGAAGGAGACCUGGUGAUAAUCAACCAGGUUCUCGAAGAUCCCUACAUGACAUCCAAACAAUUUCGAGAGUGGAAGUGGCUGAAUCACGAGUUUUUCCUGGACAUUUGUGGAUACAGUCCUGUGAUGAAGCCACAGAAUGGUGCAUCUGAACUGGUCUCGCCAGCACCUCUCUUGACUCAUACGCACUCGUUCAUCGAAACCCAUGUGUGAAUCAAUUUUUAACGGGAGCACACAGCCCAGCAGACAGCAGCAUCUCACCGUGCUAACAAAUGGUUAGCAUCCGCGUUUGUAUAUUUGUACAUAAUGUGUUCAGCAGUAUUCUUGUACAUAGAUCAGAUAACACCAAUAGUGUCACAGGAUGCCUAAUAUGUGCAUGAGAUAACGUCUGUAUUCUGUUUCUUCCAAAAUUUUAUUUGUUUCUGUUGGUCGACACAGUGUGCUUUCAAACUUGCAUCUGAAAGGGUGAACAAUAGAACUCAUAAAAGUUAUAAGUAUACACAUAUGUUGUACUAAAAUAAAACCAAGCUUUUAGUCAACAGCAUCUACACGUUCCAAAGUUUUAUACUGACAACACAACUCAACCCAUCUUAAUAAAUAACACUGGGGAAAAGUGGUUGAUAACAAUCUCUGAACCAGAGGGGAAUGUCUUAAUCUACUCACAGUUUUAGAUGAACAUUUGUUUUUAUGUAAGCAUUGAACAUACAAAUUGCUGAAUGUAUGUAAAGUAUGUAAAGUUUUGCUAGUAUAACACUGAAUGAACAAGAGUAAUUUUUGAUGUCCCUUUGAAAACAACCAGCUUUUAUUAAAACUAUAGCUAAAAGCUGUAUAUGAAAAUGACUAAAAAUAUCUAAGUAUUAAGAUUUAUAUAUGACUCCCUGCUCACAAUUUUUUAUACAGUUGCUUGUCAAAAACAAAUUGACUCAAAACUUGGGCCCAGAGUCUAAAAGGUGAGCUGUGGAUACAUCCAUGGUAGAAUCUAGCCUUCAGUUUUGUACCAUUGUCAAUGGUGAACUGGCAGGGAGGGGUUGGCUCUGGGUCUUAGGGUAAAGAUUCUAAUUAUAUGCAGGUAGACAGAAGACUUGUUAGAUCACACCGUACCUUUAAAAAAAGACACAAAUAGUAAGACUUAUCUGAACACAUUAUUGUGUUGUCUUUAUUGCUUGCACUUUACUUGCGCCAUUAACUGUAGGCUGAGGAGAAGGAGUGUACUGAAACUGUGAUAAUCAUCAUUUGGAUCACUUAAUGUCGACAGAAUUCCUUAUAAGUGUUCGAAGACCUCAUUGAGGCUUUUUUUUCAUCCAUGCCAAUUUGAGAAUGUAAUUCAGUAUGUUUUUAAUUUGAAGUUGAUGGAAAACACAUCAGUUACUGACGGGCAUUGAACUCACUUGUUUAUGUAGUGAUGACAAGUAGGUUAUUUGGCAACUGUAGCUUUUCACUGUACGUUUCCACUGUGUCUAUACCUCAUAAUACGUACAACCAUGUAUGAGUUGUAAGUUGCACUGCAUCAAUAAAAUCAAACCUUUUACUUUUGCAAUGCUAUGGUUAAAUAUUAACAGGUGUUUUGUGCAUCAUUGAAAGGAACAGUUAUUCUUCAUAAUUUAGUCUUUUUAAACAGUUGUAAACUUGAGUUGUAAAACUUCUGACUUCAUUAAAUUAAACUCGCUGUGAUACAGUA